AUGGCGGAUCUGAGUACAAGUUAUGCUACCACAGCUGCGGGCUAUGUUGCUCUGGCAGCUGUAGGCUAUGGCGUCUACUACAUGUCCACCCAGAAAUCUCGCCAGAAGGCUGCCGCAACUCAAAGCAAGCCUGCUGCCAAGACAUCUCAACCGGAACCUCGCAAAGAGGAUCGCAAGAAGAAGCAACGUCUAGAAAGCUUCACAUCAGAGACGCAAGCCUCCAAGAACAAGUCGCACGCCAAGGCUGCCGAGCCUAGCGUAGCUGCGCAAGAUCAAAAGACUGAGAAGGUCGUCAAGGAAGACAUUGAUAACAAGGAAUUCGCCCGCCAACUUUCCCAGGCCAAGCAGGGCAAAUCAUUCACCGGCGGUAGCGAGCCCGGCAAGAAGCAGAAGGAGAAGUCUGUCAAGCAGUCGCGUGCCCAAGAGAAGGUCGCAAAGCCGGUGGCCGCCCCCGUCCCCGCUGCGAUCGAGCCCGAGCCCGUCAAUGAGGUUUCCGAUGAUGCUGCCGAAACGACCAACGACCCCAGCGGCGUUGCGGACAUGCUCGAGCCUGCCUCUGCGGCCCCGUCUGUCUUGAGGCUGACGGACACCGAGUCGAAGUCCAAGCCCAAGAAGGUUGCCAAGGCUGCAGAGCCGGCCGAGACGAAGAAGCAGCGCCAGAACCGCAAGAAGGCCGAAGCUGCCAAGGCUGCCCGCGAGGAGGCGGAAACUGAGCGCAAGACUCUCGAGGAGAAGCAACGCCGGGCCGCUCGUGUCGCCGAAGGCCGAUCUGCCAAGGAUGGUUCGCAGUUCACCGCUGCCGCUGUGAAGAACUCUGCGUGGAACCAGGGCGCUCCCAACGGCGAGAAGGCUGCUGCGGCCCCCGGUACGAACGGAAACCACGAGUUGCUGGAUACUUUCGAGGCUCCAGUCGAGUCAUCCCCGGCAGUUGAGGCCCCCAAGUCUGCCCCCAAGGCCAAGCAGUCGGACUGGGUCUCAUCACUUCCGUCUGAAGAAGAGCAGAUGAAGCAGCUCCAAGAUGCCGACGAGUGGAACACGGUUACUACCAAAUCGUCGAAGCGCUCCGCCAAGAAGGCCACUUCUUCUUCUGGCGACGAGGCCGCAGCGCAGCCCUCGGCUCCUGCGCCAGCCCAGGCUCCCAAGGUCCAGGAGGCCGCCGCUGCCCCCAAGACUGCCCCUCAGCCUACCAAGUCCAAGGGUCCGCAGGCUUUUGGCUCCUUUUCCGCGCUGAGCACUAAGGAUGACCCAGCCGAAGAGGUCGAGGAGGAGUGGGACGUCUGA